AUGGGGAAAUUAUCAUCGCAGCAAAAUCAGAAAAGUGUGGGAAAUACUAACAUUACGAUAAAUAAUAAUAACAAUGGAGUUAUGAAGGCGAAACGUACUAGAAGAAGUGUACCGAGAGACUCUCCUCCUCAACGUAGCUCCAUUUAUCGAGGGGUUACUAGGCAUCGGUGGACUGGUCGAUACGAAGCUCAUUUGUGGGAUAAAAACUGUUGGAACGAAUCGCAAAAUAAGAAAGGACGACAAGUAUAUCUUGGUGCCUAUGAUGAUGAAGAAGCAGCUGCACAUGCUUAUGAUUUAGCAGCACUCAAAUAUUGGGGUCAUGAAACAAUUCUCAAUUUUCCGCUAUCAACAUAUGAAACCGAGCUUAAAGAAAUGGAGGGUCAGUCCAGAGAAGAAUACAUUGGAUCAUUAAGAAGGAAAAGCAGUGGGUUUUCUCGUGGAGUAUCAAAAUAUAGAGGUGUAGCAAGACAUCAUCAUAAUGGAAGAUGGGAAGCUCGAAUUGGCAGAGUUUUUGGCAACAAAUACCUCUAUCUUGGAACAUAUGCUACACAGGAAGAAGCUGCCACUGCGUAUGAUAUGGCGGCCAUAGAAUACCGUGGACUAAAUGCUGUUACCAAUUUUGAUCUUAGCCGUUACAUCAAGUGGCUUAAACCUAAUCAAAAUGACAUUAACAACAAUAAUUAUGAUCCAAAGCAACCUAACCCUAAUUUAGGCACCAAUUCUUCAACUCCUAACCCUAAUAAUCAAGAAUUUGGAUUAAGCUUCCUUAACCAACAAACCAACCAAUUACCACCUGCAAGUGAAACUACUAUGGCAGUGAUAGAACCACGACCAGCUAAUGCCACGUCAGCCCUAGGGUUACUUCUUCAAUCAUCAAAAUUCAAGGAGAUGAUGGAGAUGACAUCAAUGACGGAUUAUCCAUCGACUCCGGCGGAUAAUCAAAUAGAGCCACAGCAAUGUAGAUUCCCAGAUGACAUUCAGACGUACUUUGAUUGCCAAGAUCAAAACACUUAUGGAGAAGGUGAUGAUAUGAUUUUUGAUGACCUCAACUCAUUUGUGCCUCAAAUGUUUCAAUGUGAUUUCUGA